AUGCAGUUUUGCGGCGCCUGCUUCUGCACAGGUUCGGCAUUCGGCUCGUCGUCUGAGCUUCUGGGCAGGCUGCCGCCAGCACGGCCGACUGCUUCAAGAGCACUUCCGGAGGCGAGCCCAGAGAGCCCAGUGAGCCGGGCGAACGGGAUCUUAUCGGUGCCUUUCAGGCGCCGCUGGGGAGCGGUCGCCAUUGCUGCAGCUUUGGCGGCCAAACGACGUGCCCGAGCUGCCAGCCCUGUGCUGUCCGUGGUGGAGAAAUCGCCGCUGGACAACCGCGAGUACAAGCCCAUCACGUUGCGCAACGGGCUGCGUGUGCUUCUCUGCUCCGACCGAGCUGCCGACCGUGCGGCCGCAGCUCUUGAUGUUCAUGUUGGAUACUUCAAUGAUCCGCCAGAAGUACAAGGUUUAGCCCACUUCUGUGAGCACAUGCUCUUUCUUGGUACGGAGCAAUUCCCAGAAGAGAGCAGUUUCGACGCUUAUUUGACUGCGAACAGCGGUUUCUCUAACGCCUUCACGGAGGCCGAGGACACAUGCUUCUUUUUCAGCUGCAGCACUGCCGGCCUUCGGUCCGCUCUGGAGCGCUUUGGAACAUUCUUUCAGAAGCCUCUCUUUACGGCCAGCGCGACCGAGAGAGAGGUCAACGCUAUCAACAGCGAGCACUUGAAAAAUGUGCCGAACGAUGUUUUUCGCAUGGGACAGGUCCUAAACAAUCGGGCCAAUCCUGCGCACCCAUAUCACCGAUUUGGGACAGGCAACAUCAAGACUUUGCUGGAAGACACGGCCGCUGAAGGAGUUGACCUCCGAGGCGAACUCCUGCGCUACUAUCGCCGCUUCUACAGAGCUCCGCUCAUGACGUUGUGUAUCCUCGGCGACGAAUCCCCAGACGUGCUCGGAAGAUAUGCCGAACAGUACUUUGGGGGAAUUCCUGGUCUUGCUGAAGGUGAGAUACUUGAUCCUCCGGCAGCCUAUGAAGACCAGCCGCCUUUCUUGCCGGAAGCUUUCGAACAAGGCAUCGAAGCUGUCCCCAUCGCCGAUGCUCGCGAGCUGCAGGUAGUGUUCCCGGUGCCGUUUGCACCGGGCAACACCCGCAGAGUCGAAGCAGAAGAAGCACCGCCUGCUCCGACGCGCGGUAGCAUGUCUGUCGAGAGCUGGCGGUGGUACAAUCCCGCCUCUCAUGUCGGAUCCGUGCUUGGUCACGAGGGUCCGCACAGCCUUUGCGCGCUCCUGCGGCGAAGAGGCUGGAUCACAGAGCUCGAUGUGAGUGGUUCCGACGAGACUAGCACUUUCGCAGUACUGGUGGUCUCGAUGGAGCUUACGGAGGAAGGCUUAGAGCACAAGGACGAGAUUCUAGAGCUGCUCUUUGGCUACCUGAACUUUCUACGGAACCUGCCGGCGUGGCCACAGGAGCUCCUAUCCGAGAAUUUGCGGCUCUCCGAUGCUGCUUGGGCGAGCCGUGAGACGGAUGGCCCCAUGAAUGCUACUGUGGAGCUGGCGGGCAACAUGCAGGCUUGGGCCUUUCCGCGAGACUAUGUUCGGGGCAACAACCGGCUUCGCAAUGGCCAAGGUCUGUCAGGCACCGUGGACGCUUUGCUGCAAUACCUGCGGCCGGACAAUGCGAUCAUCACGGCAGUGUCUCGAAAAUUCGAGGAUGCAGGAAAUGCCGUGGAGCCAUGGUAUGGCACCCGGUUUCGGAUGCGUCCGCUAGCACAGCAGCCGCGCUGGCUGCGAGUUCCUGCAGCGCCAGGCUUAGGCCUGCCAGAUCCGAAUCCCUUCUUGCCGCGCAACCUCGAGCUCAAGGCGCUCAAGUCGAAGCCAUCUUCCAAGAAUGCGAUCGUAUUGCCCGAGAGCAAGAUCGAGAAAGUCUGGGAGGCUUUCUUUACGCAAGACACCGAGUAUGGCGUACCCAAAGCCUUUGCCUUCAUCGAGCUGCGGACAAAGCUUCCGCGGAGCAGCGCUCGCGCUGCAGUUUGUGCACGAAUCUACGAAUCCAUGUUUCGACAAGCGUUGCAGGAAACCCUGCUUUAUGAUGCGGAGGUGGCAGGGCUUACCUUCGCCUUCAGCACCUCCAUGCGUGGAGUCGAGCUCUUCUUCGGCGGCUUCGACGAUCGCCUUUCAGACUUUGCAUCGACAGCGCUGGGAGAGCUCCUGGCCUUCGAUGUGGCGAAGAACGCACAAGGCUUCCGCGCACAGGCAGACCUGCUACAAAGAGAGCUGGAGUCUGUCGACACGCAGGAGCCAUUCAGGCAAGCCUCCUAUUGGUCAGGUUUGGCAACUCUUGUGGACGAAAUCUCAUUCAAGGAGCUUCAAGCAGCGCUGGUCGGGCUGAGGGCUUCGGACGUGGCGACCUUUGCAUCGGCACUUUGGGCAUCUCCUGUGGUGGGCCUCUCGCUCUGCGAGGGCAAUUUACGCCGAGAUGAGGCCGACAGCUUGAUCUCGAACGUGAGGAACCUGCUAAAGUCCGAGAACUUUGUCGCCGCACCCGAAUCUGAGUGGCCAGUGCCGCGUGUGGCCAAAGUGCCUGUGAACAGCUUUGGCCAGGGCGUGGUCCUGCUUCACCAGAUCACUGACUCCACCGAGGAGAACUCUGCCGUGGAGUUGAGCUUUCAAGCUGGCAGCACUCGAAGCGGUUCUGCUGAAGACUUGAAGCGGCUGUCCGAGCUGCAGGUCCUCUCAGCAAUCCUCAGCGACGAGUUCUAUGAGGAACUGCGUGCGCGUCAGCAGCUGGGCUACGUCGUCAGCUGCCGUUUGGACCGGGGAGAAGGGGCCUUCAGACUCGUCUUCCUGGUGCAAGGAGCCGUGUUGGGCCCCAUGCAGGUUCUCGAUAGGAUGGACGCCUUCAUCAAAAGUGGGAUGAGCCUGAUCGACGCAAAGUCAGAGCAGGACAUAGCGGCGCUGGCUGACUCGCUGGCCCAGGCCCGGCUGGUCCGACCGCAGCAACUCCUCGAAGCCAGCCAGCGGCGAUGGAUCGAGAUCUGCAGUCGGUCCUUCCUCUGGCAGCGUCGGCUGGAGGAGGCGCUGGCCCUGAAAGCCGUGUCCAAAGAAGCUGUCGUAGAGGCCUUUCAGCGUUGGCUGGCGCCUGGCGGAUCCGAGCGGCGACGUCUGGUCUCAAUUUGUGGUCCUGCCAAAGCGCUCCCCACCGCUGACCAGCUGGAGAGCAAGGGUGCUCAGGUCAUCAAAGAUCCCCAAAGCUUCGCGCGGCAGCAGUCGCAAUGGCCGGCCCUGCCUGUGCGCAGCAAAGCAUGA